UGUAAUCUGUGGCAGGCGUAUUCGAAAAGUAUUGUUGGUCGUCUUCGAAUUGAACUGCCAAUGCGAUUAAAUCCUGGCAACACAAUUCUAGUUAAAGCUUCCCACUAAUAGACACAAAAUCCCUAGUGAAUGUAAAUGGAUUUUUGAAUCCAUUUAUUUUACUCGUUGCUGUGCAUUGUGAAUACUCUUUGCAGUUUCUAGCUCCACGCAUUUUGUUUUCAUAGCUGACAUGAUAAUUUCUAUUUUUUUUUUCUUUUCAAAAUUUACAUUUCUUAUAUAAGACCCCAAAAUCGCCGGGCUAUUAUUUGAGUCUUUGGAGUGCAGGGGAGGCAGCUGUGACGUUGCCUCUUUAUAGUCAGUGCAUAAGACAGACCUGUGUGUUGGACACACGGAAGAACGCGGAGUAUUUAUGAUUUCACGGGGAUAGAAAUCAAUCCCAAGCAUUCGACUUUUUACUGCUGGUCUCCUGUGCAAAGAUUAGUAAUUUAUUAUAAUUUAUUUGAUUAUCUGCGCCUGAGACUGUGUAGCUUGGCAGGAGCCUUGCCAUUGCAAUUUCUUCUCUUGCAAACCUCUGAUCCAGCUAGAAUCAUUUGAACUAGGAGUGCAGACCUCCCUCAAAGCAAUGGCGUCCAGCAACAUAACAGAAGCUCCAGUGUGUUUGAAUUGGUGUGCCAAUUCGUCCAACACAACCUAUACCAAAAUAGAGCUCUCUAUUAUCAUCUCGAUCUUUUCAAUGACUGUGGGGAUCGUGUCUAACAGCCUUGCCCUGGCAAUCCUCGUGAAGGCCUACAGGCAUUUCAAGUUGAAGUCCAAAGCGUCUUUCCUGCUCUUCGCCAGUGGCUUGGUAAUCACAGACUUCCUAGGACAUCUCAUCAACGGAUCGAUAGUGAUGCUGGUUUACUCCUUGCACAAAGACUGGGAUACGUUUGACCCCCAGAAAAUACUCUGCGGCUUUUUCGGUGCCUGCAUGGUGUUCUUUGGCCUGAGCCCCUUGUUGCUGGGCAGCGUGAUGGCAGUGGAGCGCUGCAUAGGGGUCACCAACCCAAUAUUCCAUUCCACCAAACUCACCUCCAGACACAUGAAGAAGCUGCUGGCUCUGGUCUGGCUCUUUGCCAUUUUUAUAGCUGUGCUGCCAAUCAUGGCAAAGAGGCCCUACGAAGUGCAGGAAUCCAAAAGCUGGUGCUUCUUCAAAAUAAAGAACAAGAGGGACUGGGUGGACGUGUUCUUCCCGCUACUCUUUUCUACUCUGGGAUUGGCGUCCCUUUUCAUUUCCAUCCUGUGCAACACUGUCACAGGCGUCACCCUCAUCAGGUCCAAAAUGAGAAGCGAAAAGCACAGGCAAGGCAGGUCUCACCACUUCGAAAUGAUAUGCCAGCUGUUGGCUAUCAUGCUGGUCUCAUGUAUCUGCUGGGGUCCAUUGCUGGUCAUUGUUAAAAUUGGAAGCACUGAUUCUCAGAAUAAUGUGAGCUGUGAAAAGUUGCUGCUUGCUGUUCGAAUGGCCACAUGGAAUCAGAUUUUAGACCCCUGGGUGUACAUUCUCCUCAGAAAGGCUGUGCUGAAAAAACUUUUUAUAAUAACCAGGCGCUGCUGUGGAUAUAAAAUCCUCAAUCUUUACAAAUGGAACUGCAGCUCUAUGAAAUGUUCCAUGAAGAUGACAGCCAUGUCUAGCCAGCCAGGCUUGGUCCCAGAAAGUUCUAUUAGAAGUGUCAUGCCCGUUACUGUUACUAGUGGCACAGUGCCAUGUACUUGAGGUGAAGGAUGCUAAAUAAAGCAAUACAACCAGAAUCAGCUGGGCUUCCUUCUGUGAAGCACAGAGUUGAGUGAGCAGGUGCUGAAAAGAACACAUGUUCUCCUAGUUUUAUGUUAUGUUAGUACAAUAUCUGUGGGACAGAUGUCUUUAUUUAUUAGUGCUGACCAAAAGCACGCCUAAAACAAUAAUGCUUGAGCUUAUCGAUGCAAUCGUUCCAAAAGAUCUGUGCCAUAUUUAUAGCUACAGCCCAGUAAAUGUGGCCACGUGCAACAGAAAUACGAUAUAGAAAUGAGGAGUCGAAUCAUUUAGCAGAUGUUGUAUAUUAAGCGGUAGCACAAUGUUUCUAGUAGAUUUACAGUUCAUUACUUAAUUUGACCCAUGGCUUCCUUCAUUGGAAACAGCUAUGCUUAUUGGAGUCUGGAUUAUAAAACCAGUAUCAAGAUCAUUUAGUCGAAGCAACUUCAGUUCAUACUUUGUUUUGAAACAAUGUUGUGGUAUAGACAGGUACUGUGAAUUAAGAGUUCAGACCGGUUGUAUUGUACAUUGAUGUAGGGAUACAGAAUUUGCUCUUAACCAGUUUACCUGAAUGAUACUAAAGCUUGUAUGUUUUCUGGUGUAACUAUUGUAAAUACUGUAUUUAUGGGCAAAGCCUGGGUUACAGAAAAGCCCAGGUUUUAUUUAGAAACACGCUAACAUUAUUUUAGUUAAACACCGUUGACCGGGAGAGGUCUUUGGCUGAGAUUUGAGCACACAUAUAAAUAACACCUCCUUUGUACUCUGUGCUUUCAGUGCAAUACAUUUCCAAUCAGAGUAAACUAGGCUAACUAGUAUUGCUAUGUGUAUGGCAGUGUUGAAGGUGGAUGAAUGAAUAAGAAACUCUUUAAAAGCUUGGUUUCUUGUACUCAUAAAACUAACAUUCAUAAUAAAACAUCGCCACGGUGUUAUUUGUGGUUUGCCCUGCUGGAAAUGUUACUGCUCUGAAAAUACACUGUACAAAGGAGCCAUUAUGUAGUAGUCUGCAGGUCAAUUGUAAAGAACUAAAUUACAAUGAUGCUGUGUGCGUCUAAAAUAUGUCCUCACCUGUAGCUUCUCAACUCAGCUCUUUUGGUUGACUUGUCUGUAACUAACAAAAAGACUUUCCAUCUGUGUUAUGAAGCAAACCCAUCAGUCUGGGUGUGUUUCCAGCACUGGUAACAAUCUCAAACCACUGGUAAUUCGUAUUGGUAUCCUAGGCUUACCAGGGUUAAAUAUGGACCAAUGCUUUUGUGAAACAUUCAACAGAUUUCUAUUUACCAGGGAAAUGAAGGCAAACAGCAGGUAAUGUCCAGGUCGUUGAAUGUAAAUAAGGUGGCAAAAUAACAAAGGCAAGAACUGGUAAAAAAAAAAAAAAAAGACAUGCUUGCAUUGGAAAACUGUUAAAAUAUAUGUUUAAAUAUCUGCUGUUUGUGAUAUAGUUAAUGUCCUGCUUGUAUAUUGUAUUGUUUGUUUAUCUGUGAAAACUAUACUACUGGCAAUGUGCUUUGGUACUUUGUGAUCUAAGCGUUUCAGAUUGAUUGUAGCUGGGGAGCUUUCCAAGGAUCUGUCUUGGACCUGGCAUCUGUCCCCACUGGAAACGUGUAUGAUAAACAGUCUUGACAAGUCAACAGCAUCCUAUUACUGGUUUGAGCCAAUUGCUAAAAAACAGGGUCUUUGCUUUUUAGAAAUGCUGUGGAUGUGCUUUCUCCCCACUCCCCUGAACCCCUGCAGCACUGAUACAUUAGUAUAAGCUGAUCAUACUUUGCCGAGAUCUGACCUUUUCAGACCACAAGAUAAUAUCCUGAGCCUCAAUGCUGUAUUUUAAUAGAAUGAAUCAUCUCUAACAGAGCUGUUGCACGUAUUUCUUCUACCUUUAAAAAGCUUUUCCGUGCUCUUGCUGGUCUGGCAAUUUCUCAAACAUGUUGUCCCUCGUAAGGCUUUGCCAGCUUCUUGCGAAGCCUAAGUGAAGCAACAGAACAAACAGCAGGCAUUGUUCAACCCCCCUGGCAGUUGUCUGUGUACAGUUUGAAUCGUGCCAACGUCAAGGAUGUUACUACCACCGAUUCAGAAUUUCCAUUGCUUAAACAUUAAAUGUUUGGGGUUUUUUUUUAGUCUAUGGUUUGCGUCUGCUUAUUUACUCGUUAACUGCAACAUUUUAAUGUAUCAAUAUUAUAUAAUCUAUUGCUAUUCAGCAGAUCAUUGUAAAGACAGGCUAAUUACAAAUAAGAGAUUGUAGAUUCGGAAUAUAUCUUAUUUUUAUUGAUAUUGGCCUUUAUAUCAGUAUUAGCUUCAAUAUGCAG